GGCGGCCGGCGGCGCGCGCCGGUGCGACGUCAACGCAGCUCGCUAAGCUCCCCGGACCUGUCUUCCGCGGCCGGGCCAGGGCAGAGUCUUCCCAGGGCCCGGUUCGGACAGUUUGCUGAGUCCCUUUGCGUCCGCCAUGGACAACUCCGGGAAGGAAGCGGAGGCGAUAGCGCUACUGGCCGAAGCGGAGCGCAAGGUGAAGAACUCGCAGUCCUUCUUUUCUGGCCUCUUUGGAGGCUCAUCCAAAAUAGAGGAAGCAUGCGAAAUCUACGCCAGAGCAGCAAACAUGUUCAAAAUGGCCAAAAACUGGAGUGCUGCCGGAAACGCUUUUUGCCAGGCGGCCCAGCUGCACCUGCAGCUCCAGAGCAAGCAUGAUGCUGCCACCUGUUUUGUGGAUGCUGGCAAUGCCUUCAAGAAGGCAGAUCCCCAAGAGGCCAUUAACUGUCUGAUGAGAGCAAUCGAGAUUUACACGGACAUGGGCCGAUUCACCAUCGCAGCCAAGCAUCACAUAUCCAUCGCCGAGAUCUACGAGACAGAGCUGGUGGACAUUGAGAAGGCCAUAGCCCACUACGAGCAGGCUGCAGACUACUACAAAGGGGAGGAGUCCAACAGCUCAGCCAACAAGUGUCUGCUGAAGGUGGCCGGCUAUGCUGCACAGCUGGAGCAGUACCAGAAAGCCGUGGACAUCUAUGAACAGGUGGGGACCAAUGCCAUGGACAGCCCCCUCCUCAAGUACAGCGCCAAGGACUACUUCUUCAAGGCGGCCCUCUGCCACUUCUGCAUCGACAUGCUCAAUGCCAAGCUGGCUGUCCAGAAGUAUGAGGAGCUCUUCCCCGCCUUCUCCGAUUCCCGCGAGUGCAAGCUGAUGAAAAAAUUACUGGAAGCCCAUGAGGAGCAGAACGUGGACAGCUACACCGAGGCGGUGAAGGAGUACGAUGCCAUCUCACGGCUGGACCAGUGGCUCACCACCAUGCUGCUGCGCAUCAAGAAGACGAUCCAGGGUGAUGAGGAGGACCUGCGCUAGGCCCCACCCAGCUGAGGUGGCUGUCUUCCUGCCCUCUGCUCCCCCCGGCCCCACACCCUCCAGUGAGGAUCAGGGCGCAUGCAGGGAGAGGCGGGGCCUGAGGCCUUGGCUCAGACCUCUCCUCCCCGUCCCACCGCCCCACCGAGGGGUCUUGCAGACCAAAGCUGUGGCCGUGUGGGCUCAGCACAGAGGCCCGACCUGCUGGCCGGACAGUCACCCUCUGUCUCCGCUUCACCCCUCGCCUUUUGCCCAUUUAUUUAAGCCCCCAAGGUGCCCUUUUCCACCUCUCAAAAAACCAGCUGUAUAGAAUCUUUGAUGAAGACCUGUUUGCUGUGGGUGCUGCUGGGGCCUGGGGUCAGCAUCUGGCCCCUUGUCUCUAGACCAGCUGAGUGGUGAGGCUAGUGUCCAUCUUCCUGUGUCCUCCAGCUGAGCUCUGAGCACUCUAGCCGCUGCUAGCUUCUCCCCCUGCCGGGGUGGACUCCUGCCCCCAGCAUGGGAGCUCCCCAGCCUCCUGCAGCCCCGGCCUCUCAGGUUAGACGCCAGCCCUGGAGCUCAGAGGGUCAUCCCUGUACCCACCCCCCAGCUGCUCCUUCCCUAAUGCUUUGAAAUUCUGUCAGCCGGAAGCUGCAGCUGGCCCAAGAAAGAAAAUAAAAAACAACACUUUUGCAUGAGUCUCUUCA